CCUCAUAGCGCCGAUAGAGGGCAGCAGCAUUUCCUCCAGACAGACACAAUCGAUCCAGAGCGCGCUGUCUGGAUUAAGGCAGGACUUCAGGAUGUCAGACGCCAAACAAAUAAUGGCCCAGAAAAGUGCUAAAAUCGCGGCUGGAGCCGUCGUGUGCGUUGAAAGCGAAAUCAGAGGAGAUGUAACCAUCGGCGCGCGGACAGUCGUCCACCCCAAAGCGCGCAUCAUCGCAGAAGCAGGGCCUAUAGUCAUCGGAGAGGGCAAUCUGAUCGAGGAGCAGGCGCUCAUCAUUAACAGUUAUCCAGAGAAUAUCAUGCCGGACACAGAGGGAGUGGAGCCGAAGACCAUGACUAUUGGAACCAACAAUGUGUUUGAAGUCGGAUGUGUUUCUCAAGCCUUAAAAAUUGGUGACAACAAUGUGAUCGAGUCCAAAGCUGAUCUUGGGAGAAACGUGAUCCUGACCAGCGGCUGCAUCGUCGGCGCCUGCUGCCAGAUCAACACGUGCGAGGUCGUGCCCGAGAACACGGUGGUGUACGGCUCCAAGUGCAUCAGGCGUGUGCAGAGCGAGAAACCGCAGCCUCAGACUCUGCAGCUCGACUUCCUCAUGAAGAUUCUGCCAAACUACCAUCAUCUGAAGAAGACGGUGAAGGGAAACAGCACGCCUGUGAGAAACUAACGGAGUGUCUCACUUCGACACCAGUAAUCUGUUGAUCAUCUGCACACACACACACACACACACACACACUUGUCUCACUAUUUGUGCCCCACAUUACCUCUACAACUGAAAAUGACUAUCACAGAUUUGUGCAUCUUUGAUUUUGUGAGUAUUUGAUAUAUAUUUUGCAUCUGAAAUGAUUCAUUUAUGAGGCCAAACUAUGUUACUAUGUAAUGUUCAUCUAUAUUUAUAAAUGUUACAAUGAAAUCAGAUAAAGAUGGCAAUA